AGAAGAAGAGGCAAGGCAAACGGAGCAUCUCUGGAGCAAGUGAGCCUGGCAUUGCCUUGAGCAGACCUCUUGCGUGAGACGCCCCUUCGGAUCCAGAUAAGGACAUUCAUCACAAUGAAGAUUGCUGUGCUGUGCUUGUGUCUUCUCACCAUUGCUUUCGCGCUACCAAUCAGCAAAUCAAAAUUCCAUGAUUCAGCGAGCUCAGAAACAAAGCAUGCUUCCAGAGGCCAUCAUGCUCACAAACACCACCACCGUCACGACCACAGCCACGAACAUAGCCAUGAGCACGUGAACAGCCACGAAUCACAAGAACAGCAGUCGUCUUCUCAUCCGGCCUCUGUUUCUUCAGAAGAGAGUGAAGAGAUCACAGAGCAGCAAACCCUCCUGGCACCUUCUGGUAAAAGUAAGGAAGAUGACUCCAACCACAGCGAUGCCGAUGACCACGAUGAUGUGGACAGCCCUGAUGAUGCGGAUGAUGACAGCCACAGCGACGCAGUUGAUUCUGAUGAGUCUGAUGAAUCCAAUGAAUCCGAUAAAGUUGUCACCGAUGUUCCCACUGACAUUACUGCAACUCCAUAUCCCACUCCUGGCCCAUUUACAGGCAGAGGUGACAGUCCUUAUGGAAUACGGGCCAAAGUGGACCUGGCGUAUUUGAAGAAGUCCAAGAAAUCUUCUGGAAAGUUUGAUUCUCAUGACACUACAGAGGAAGUUGACAGCACACCAGAAGUGGACAGCCAUGAAUCCUAUUCUUCCAAAGCCCAUUCUUUUGAGAGUCAAGAUACUAGUGUAGAGAGAGAGGGCAAAAGUAACCUACAAGACAGCACUGAGGUCCACAGUGCAUCCCAUGAUAAGAGUAUAGAGAAUGACAGCCAACAGAAACUUGACAGUGUUGAGGAAGACCACGACAACAGCAAAUCUGACAUCUCCCAAGAGAGCUAUGGGGUUGACCACAGCAGUGAGCAACUGAAGGACCACAGCAAGGAACUCCAAGAGGUAGACCAGGACCACGACACAGACAAUGUCAGCAACCAAAGUGUUGAAAGUGUUGGCGAUCAUCACAGCGUUGAGGACAAUGAGAUUGAAUAAGUGAAAACCAAAGCAGGGUGCAAAGAAACACACUUACCUAACAGUACCUCCCUCCUGGAUUUUUGCAUGAAUGGGCGCAUCUAGGAUUGGAACCCAAAUCCAUCUCUUUCUUUUUUCCCCUUUUGCUGAGUUAGAGAGAAGGGCAAUACAAUUAAUACUUGAAUAUCUGCUGCCAGUUAUAUACACAUCAGAAGUCUGAUUGCAAGCAGUAGCAGUUGCUGAGAAUGGGUGUUGCUAACCAGGCAGGUGUGCACCUAAAUCCUAUGCAUGUUUUCUUGGAAGUAAUUCCUGCCGCACUGAAUGGGGCUUAUUGCCAAGUAAAACUGUUUAGGGUUGCACCCUUCAGGGUUCAGUACCAGUCCAUUAUUGAAUUGUAAGACCUUAUUUUUGCAUAAUCUUCUGCUCAAUCACAGGGUGAUUUGUUAUGAAGGAAAGAGAGAGGAGAUGAUGAUGAUGAUGAUGAAGAUUAUGAUGGUGGUGGUGGUGGUGGGGAUGGGGGAAUCUAGUUUUUUUACUCAGACUGAAUGUUAUGGUUUAUGAUACUGUACUUCUAAGGGGUAUGAUGUUGCAAUGUAAAUUUGGUUGAUAAUGGUGAGUUAAAUAAAAGACAAAAACCUUA